UCAAAAUCAUUUCAGUUUUACCAACAGCUGUUCUGCUGUUGGCUCUCAAUUGUCAUUUAUCUGUGUCCGAAAAAUAUUUAUAAUAGUCAGGAUUGAUCAAUAAAUAAAAAGAGCACAACAAUGUCACUGCUGGUUACACCUUGGUUCCGUAAUGUCUUCACUGACAUAUUCGGAGGUCUUCUGAACUUCCAGGACCAUCCUGAGUGUGCAAAACACGAGCUCCGAGUAGUUGACUGUCUUGAGGCCUAUGGAACUCAUCACGGCAAGACCAAGUGCCGUGUUCUCCUGGAAGACUUUCGCGAAUGUGUCUGGAGGGACAAGCAGAUCUUGAGAAUGAGGAUUAUGAACAUGGAACGUGCGCGACAGUACCACGAUGGGGAGCGUGAAGCUGAUGGUCUUUUUGCAAAAGCUCCGAGACCAGAUUCCUAUUAGUUUCACUUCAAUUAAUUACUAAUUACUUGAUAAUCAAUUGGUUAAUAAAUAAAUUAUUAUUAAUGUAGUUUAUUCUAAAAAAUAAUAAAUUAUACUGUAAAAUAGAA